AUGGCUAUCUGGGGAUCGCAUCUUGCUGCUUUCAGCUUUCUUGUCUCCAUGACAACAGCUGGCUUUGUGGAAGUGCACGUGAAAGAAACAACCCGUAUUGGUGAUCGUAUAAUCCAACUGGCCUUACAGUCUGCAAAUAAGAGUGCCAUGGAGAUCCAGAGCUGUGAGCUCGCUGGGUUGUAUGGUGACGUGUUCUCCUGCAGAAACGGAGCCCUGUUCCUGGAAAAAAAGUUGGAUUAUAAUGUCAAGAAGAAGUAUCAGGCUGAACUGAGAUACGUGGGUGUCGGCAGCGACAUCACGUUCAACACGACCCUCCUCAUCAUCGUCGACAAGGUGGAGCGGGGACCAGUCAUUGAACACAUCUAUCCUUUAGCUAUCAAAGAAGAGCUUCCGGUCGGGACCUAUAUCGGCAGAUCGUUUUCAGUUGCACCGGACACCGACAGUGCCGACUACACGUACAGCCUAAAGGGGCAAGACAGCAAAUACCUGACCGUGAACACGACUGGGCAUCUUCUAAUCAUGGAGAAAAUCGACCGAGACGCGGGCAACGACAGCGUCAUGGUGCUCAAGGUAGACAUCGUCGUCACCGGCGGCAACGAGAACGUCUUCUCAGCGCCGCUCAACAUCACCGUGGUGGACAUCAACGACAACGCCCCAGAGUUUGAGUCGGAUACAAUAGAGCUGAAUUUGAAUGAAAACACACAAGGGGCUCUACACAAGUUUGUGGUACGUGAUGCCGACGUGGGGGACAACGCCAAGGUGAAGCUGAGGAUCCUGGACGGGAACUCGACGUUCAGCGUGCGAGGCGAUACCCUGUUCGUGUCCAGUCCACUAGACUACGAGUCGAGCAGCAAGGUGAAUCACGAGCUGGUGCUCAUCAUCCUGGGAGUCGACUCGUCACAGGUCGAUACUCCCAACACAGGCAGGACGACGGUCAUCAUUAAGAUUCUGCCAGUGAAUGAGUUCGCGCCUGUGUGGAAGGAACCAAUGCGAGGUGGGAGUGGUUCCAGAGUCGCUGUCCAGCUUCCCGACGACGUCACUGUGGGUUCCGUGGUCACUCGACUGCUUGCCACAGACAACGACGGCGGCCCGGACGGCACGGUGACGUACUCUAUUACUGAAGUCACUACAGACAAAGGAAAAUCUGUCAGCGGAAUAUUCGCCAUUAAUUCUGAUAAGUUAGUGGUGACGUCACUGCCACCCUCGCAAUCGUCAGUGUUGUUUUAUGACGUCAUCGUGAGCGCCUCAGACGGUGGCCAACCUAAGAAAAGCACGCUUGGAGUUAUCCGCGUAAACAUCAAGCCUGAAUCAACGAACCUGCACGAUCCUGUGUGGCUAUCGCCAACCCUGAACAGCGAUAACCACGCCAUUGUUACCAUUGAAAGGGACACCGCCAAGCUGACCGUCAUAGCAACCAUUCGCGCACGGGAUAAGGACAGUGGAGUGGAUGGUCAACUGGAGUAUGCCAUCUCAAACACCACGUCAGAUGAUGGCGUCCUUUCGAAGUACAUAUUCUUGUUGGAACCUGAUAGUGGUGUUCUUCGACUGCUGCGUAACCAAGCUGAGACCACAGUCAACUACUUUGACCUUGAGAUAUCAGUCACGGACAUGGGGACUCCACAAAGGGCCAUCAAGAGAACUCUUAGAGUCAACAUUAAGUCGAAGGACAACCUAAGAUGGCUGUCUCCACUGGAAGGUGCGACUGGUGCCAAGGUUACGCUGUCUGUGUCUAAAAAGAUCCAGCCGUGGACGAUAGUGACAGUUCUUAACGCAACCGACUCGGCGAGCGGCGAAACCGGAAAUAAAAUAACGUACAAGCUCGUGUCAACAAAGACAGACAAAGGGGUCAAAGUGUCGUCGCCCAUAUUCCUCGUGCAGGUGGAGGGGGAGGUGAGGACCGUGACGUCCCUGCUUCGAGACGCGGUGUUGUACUACGACCUAGAGGUCGAAGCUGCAUCGUCCAACAAACUGAGGAAAAUAUCCGGAACUAUCCGGAUUACGUUAAAAAUGGAAGUUGAGAAGCCGCCACUGACGUGGGUGUCUGCAAUGUCGGUGAACGUGUCUGAAGCCGUAGAGCCCGGCACCACUGUUACAGCGAUAAUCGCCAGAAGUACAAGUGGUGCAGACGACCAGCCAAUCGAGUACUCGAUACUGUCCGCCACGUCAGGUAUGUUAUUAUACACAGUAACCAAUCAGAUCUGA